GUGGUGGAUUCAACGCGAUAUUGAAGCAGGUGGCUUCGUUUGUUUCUUUCACUAACUGACAAGAAAACUGUCGAUUUUUGAGCAGGCGUUGUUAUGGCGACUGAGUGAAGAGUCUUUUCAGCUGCUGAAAUGGGUUAGCUUUUUUCAAGUCACGGCGCAAUGUCAUCAAUUAUUGAUAACAAACCGCGGCAGGUCUGUAUUCAGUAAGUUGCUGUUUGGAUCGUUGUUGUGGGAACGGAAUGACUUGUAGUUCUUCGUUCGAGCCGUGGUUGACAUUAGGCGGACUGUUCCGUUAAUUUUUCGGCGUUUAAUUGUUUUACUACUCGUUCGUCCAAUUUCAAUUUAAUGGCUUGAAAUGGAGAAUAUGUCAGCUCGACCUCUCCUCUGCGCAGCUUGCGACGAACCGAGCCCCGGACCAGUGAGGCGAUUGUAUUACCAGCCAAGAAAACAUGGUCCGUUCUUUCCAAUACUGGAACAACAGAAAACUGGCGUCAAAGCGAGUUUGUUCUCUGCUGGUCGAGUUGCUGUGUGCACGGGAUGUUCCAGUCAUCUACAGCGACAGUGGAUAGCAUAUGAAAAGAAUUGGACUCCCUUAGAGAAGCGAAAAUACACUCUGUUAGCAGUUGAAAGAGCGAGCAAGAUUGACGAUCAAGAGGAUGUUGCGUCAGAAGAUCACACCGCAAAAUUGCAAUGGCGGAAAGCUGCUAAAACGCUGUCAUCACAACAACAGAUUGUGCAUAAUUUACAGCUGUCACAUGAUCAGCUGUCACGUGACGACGAUGCAAGCCCCGUCAAUAGAUUCAAAAUGGCGGCGCAGCGAGUUCAACUUGGAAGAGAGGCUGAUCCGUCUGGAUCCAGGUUCCAUGAUGUGGUACAAAUGGCGCGCGAUGCAAAUCCAGAUUACGACACUCCUCGAACUGACAGAGACAAUGCAAACUUACACCUCCCCACCUUAGGCAGAAGUUCUCCUUCAGAGAAUCGUUUGACUUGGGGAGCGUCGGAUUUACAAGAGACGCUUCCGCAAAAAUUACGCGAGAGUACGGAUAUUCUGAUAAGGAAAGUGGCAGAAAUUCAGUACGAAGAGAGCUUGAGACAGUCGCAAGAAACCAUCCGCGAGGCGCUGGACCGAGUUAAGAAAGCUCAAGACCGAGCGCAAUUUGUUAAGAGUCUGGGGCGGGAUCUGAAAGAGCGCCUUUAUGGCGAACUUGAGUUUAGACAUACUAAUAAAAGUCUGGGAGAUGAAACCAGAGGUAAGGCCGCUCAGACGCUUAACGACAAAGACGAUUCGAAACACAAGCAAAUUUUAAAAGAGCUGGCUAAAGAGAAGGAAUGGCAGAGAAGAACAGAAGUCCUGAUCGCAAAACAAGAGAAGAGAAUAGAGGAACUCCGACAGGAAGUGAAAAUGGAGAUUCGAAGCAUUAUGGAAGAGCAGAAUAAACAUUACGAAGAGAUGAAACAAAUACUAAAAGAUUCCAGAGCGCUUGUGCCUCACAAUGGCAGCGAUCACGCCUAUGUGAGUCUUGAUGGUCAGUCUACACACUCCGGUUCCAAUUUUGAAGAACUUAUUCCAAGCAGAAAGAGAAGGCGUAACAGGGAGCCCAACAUAUCCGCUGCACAGCCACAGUCCCCCUCGAGCACACCAGAAUUCUACAUCCAAUAGAGCGUCAACAUAUGACACCGCGACGGCCAUUCGCCACUUUAGAAACGAGAAAAGACCUGAGGCGAGUCUCAUCUUGCAGUUGCUUAUGGGAUCGUUACUGAAGACAAAACAAAAGAUGAGAAGUCGUAUUGCUUUACCUCCCAACUCAGAUACGUUUUCCGAUUGGAGGAGAUUUUGUCAGGUGUCAUGUGUCAAAAUUCACCACCGCCCUAGAGGAACAACAACUUUAACUUUUGAUUCGAACGUGAUCUCGCACGUGAUUUCAGGAAAACAAAACUCAGUUUUCCUUGGGGCCAGUAGUAAAGUCCCACAAGGGACUGCGAGAGGAGACUCGUUCCAGGCUUCUUGUCGUUUCUGAAGUGGCUAAUGCUGGUUUCCCAUACAAUGAAAAUUCUCUCUUUUGAGAAAUGUUAUUUCCUAUACAAAAUUUUCCCAUUGUUUGGAAACAAAAAUAUAGCCGUUGCGGAAACACUCUGUAAAUAACAAGUUUUAAUUCACAGUUCUAAAUAUUUUAAGAGCUAUCAAACUCAUAACAUUCCUUAGUAUUGUUUUCAUACUCAUAAAUAAAAAUGCUUAAUAUACUAUAUAUACUAUGUAUAAAGAAUUAUUCGUUUUCGAUUUAUAUGAAAAACUAGCUUUUGAGUAUAUUAAUAUUCAACAAGGAGACACAAUUAAGUAUUGGCACUUCGUCAUGUAUCUUUUGGGUUCUUUGUGUCGCAUAGAGGACGGUUAAAAACCUUGUAUUACACCGCUACAAACAGCCUUGUAUUUGUGAACAGGAGAGAAAUAUAGAGAGCGCGAAAUACAAGCGAAGCGGUUACAACUGCCAAGCGUUUUCCUUUAUAAUCUUUUUUUUUCAACAUUUACUCAAGGUUGUUAUCUAUCGUUGCCUAUCUCGACCGGCACAUUCAGGAAACUGUUCGCUUCUUGGUAAAGAAAUGUCCGUGGGCAAAUAUUCAUGCAUACAUUUCCGCGCCAACUGUUGGUUGUUGUUUAUUGAUUAUGGAAAGAAGUUGCUGUUCAUAAGAGAUUUCUUUGCGCGAGAAAAUUAGAAAACGGUCUACCACAUUUAUAACGUUUGCUCGCUGAGCUCAUAAUUAUUC